CUUCAUCUUCAUCUCUAUCUUCCCUCUUCUCUAACCUGUGGAUCGUUCGUUCGAAUCUUCGUGAUCGUACCGGUCCUCAUCCCCUCUCCCAUUUGCCUCCCUCUUCUUCCCCCUCCUUUUCCCUCUACCAGUAGACCCCUCCAAUAUUUCUGGUAUAGAUUCAUCUAUCCCCUCUUCUCCUGUGACUUCCUCCCCUCCUCUCUCAGCCUUACUCGACCCAGAGUCUCCUGGUCUCUGGUUACCUAUCGAUUACACUAAACUUAAAAGUCCCGCCGCGCUUAACCCCACCUCCAAACAAAACAACUCGACUGGUCUCUGCGCAAUUCCAUUCUUUCCUCUUCCCCUUUUUGUCUCUUCUGCCGAUUCCAUCUUCAGGUGGAUUGGUUCAUUUUUGCCUCCUUUUUCUCUUUUCCUCCCCCAAACCUCUUCGGUCUUCCUUCCCCCCCCGCUCUCCCCCCUUCCCCCUCAUUUCGUUGCCCAAGAUGGAUCGUUCAAUCGUGCGAGCGGUGACAGAGAAGCCCCCGGUCCCGGAGAUCGACUUCACCUUACAUACCAUGGAAGAUGGCUCUCAGGUGUCCACCACGGAACGUGUCGUCAAAGAAGUGCAAGCGCCCGCGCUCAACACCCCGCCCGACGAUUUAUUUUGGUCUCCUGACGACCCGUCCAAACCGAACCUCCAGUUUCUCAAGCAGCAUUUCUAUCGCGAAGGUCGUCUGACCGAGGACCAGGCGCUAUGGAUCAUACAGGCCGGCUCGCAGUUGCUGCGGUCCGAACCCAAUCUGCUCGAGAUGGACGCCCCCAUCACCGUCUGCGGUGACGUGCACGGCCAAUAUUAUGAUUUGAUGAAGCUCUUCGAGGUCGGCGGCGAUCCGUCCGAGACCCGAUACUUGUUCCUGGGCGACUACGUGGAUAGAGGGUAUUUUAGCAUUGAGUGCGUUCUCUAUCUCUGGUCCCUGAAGAUCUGGUACCCCAAUACGCUGUGGCUUCUGCGCGGCAAUCACGAGUGUCGCCACUUGACCGACUACUUUACCUUCAAACUCGAGUGCAAGCACAAGUACAGCGAGCGCGUCUACGAGGCGUGUAUCGAAUCCUUCUGCUCGCUGCCCCUCGCCGCCGUCAUGAACAAGCAGUUUCUCUGCAUCCACGGCGGUCUCAGCCCAGAGAUGCACACCUUAGAGGAUAUCAAGGCGAUUGAUCGGUUCCGCGAGCCCCCCACCCACGGUCUCAUGUGCGACAUCUUGUGGGCCGAUCCGCUGGAGGAGUUUGGCCAGGAGAAGACCGGCGACUAUUUCAUCCACAACAGCGUGCGCGGAUGCUCCUAUUUCUUCUCCUACCCGGCCGCCUGCGCCUUCCUGGAGAAGAACAACCUGCUCUCCAUCAUCCGAGCCCACGAAGCGCAGGAUGCCGGCUACCGCAUGUACCGCAAGACCCGGACGACCGGCUUCCCCAGCGUGAUGACGAUCUUCAGCGCUCCCAACUACCUGGACGUGUACAACAACAAGGCCGCCGUCCUCAAAUACGAAAACAACGUGAUGAACAUCCGCCAGUUCAAUUGCACGCCGCACCCGUACUGGCUGCCCAACUUCAUGGACGUCUUUACGUGGUCCCUCCCCUUCGUGGGCGAGAAGAUCACCGACAUGCUCAUCGCCAUCCUCAACACCUGCUCCAAGGAAGAGCUCGAGGACGAGACCCCGACCUCCGCCACGGAGCCGACCUUCUCCCCGACCAUGCCGAUGGAUGUCGAGAGCAGCGAGUUCAAGCGUCGCGCCAUCAAGAACAAGAUCCUGGCCAUCGGGCGACUGUCCCGCGUCUUCCAGGUGCUGCGCGAGGAAUCGGAGAAGGUCACCGAACUCAAGACCGCGGCGGGCGGCCGUCUCCCGGCGGGUACUCUGAUGCUGGGCGCCGAGGGGAUCAAGCAGGCCAUCAACAACUUCGAGGAUGCGCGCCAGGUGGACUUGCAGAAUGAGCGUCUGCCUCCGACCCAGGAGGAGGUCCUCCGGAAGAGCGAGGAGGACCGACGGGUGGCCCUGGCGCGUGCUCACCACGAAGCGGAUAAUGACACGGGGUUGGCGACGGUGGCGCGACGGAUUAGCAUGUCGGCGGGUUCGAAUAAAAAUCGACAACAGCCGGACGCAGCCGACGAAUCGUGAGCAUGAACACGCACUGUUUGUUGGAUGAGCGUUCAAUGCAGACAUCUUAAUAUCAUGGAGAAUUGGCUCCAUACUUGUAUAGACGGGUGUAGAGAGGGGUUCAUUCGCCACGGGACCCCGACUUGGGUCCUUAACCUUGUUGUCAAGGACGAGCGACUCCUGUAUGUACUUACUGGCGAUGCAACGGGGGACUCCCGUAUUCUGCACGGAGCCCAAGGCGUCUGUGACGUCUUGCGUAUGAGAUGAUGAAUCGAUAAAUUAUGACUUGCC